AAUUCAUGAUGUUUACUCUGCCACAGAAUUCCUCUAAGAUUUCAUUUUUCCAUUCAUGUUGUUUGGUGAGUUACUGCAUAUAUUGGGAUAAUGUUUCUGUCUGAAUAUUACAGCCUUGUACCAUGCCAGGUGAGUGCUGGGCAUUUGAUGGUUCAGGUGCUGUUGUGAUUCAACUGAUUGGUAAGGUGAACGUUAAAGCAGUCUCUGUCGAGCAUACUUCACGUUCCCAGUUGCUCCCAGGAUUAAUAAAGAGCGCACCAAAGGAUUUCUCUGUAUGGGGAUUAAAUAGCCUUGAUGACGAAGGACAAUACCUUGGGAGUUUCUCCUAUGAUAUCGAUAGCAGCCCUCUGCAGCACUUUACAAUUCCGGAACCAGCAGCAAUUCCAUUUCGCUUCAUUGAGCUCAAGAUAUACAACAAUCACGGUAAAGAAAGUUAUACAUGCCUUUAUCGCUUCAGAGUACAUGGAACUCUGGAGCCUCCUGAGCAAGCAUAAACACUGUCCAACUGACGGGGAAUAAUGCUGCCUUAUGAACACAAGCUAAAUGUCUAUGGUAAUGACGUGUAAUGUGUACUCCAGGAGUGAAAAAUGUGAUGUCUGUAGUGCAACAGAAUUUUUGGGACACUGAAAUACCCACAUAAUAUAAUAUUACAAGGCAGCUGAAAACUGGAAUAGUGCAGCCAGAGGAGACGACCGUUGAUAGGUAAUGGCCGAUAUGCACGAUUCUGUGGCAGUGAAUACAUGAUGCUACCAGAGAAAUGGUGGAAAUGGCAUUUCCUACUUGGUGUGACCUGAGGCUGCAUACCUAGACCACCCAGCCAGUUGCUUCAACCUAAACAUAUUCAAUAACAAUUCUAAUAAUAUCUAUUUACAGAUCUCUUACUGUGAAUCUACUGAAUCUAACACACAGUGUUAAAUUAACACUAUAUGUUGGAUUCAGUAUAGUUUCUAGGCCCUUUAAAAAACGUAUGGCUUAACUAGUAGUGUGUACCAGUGUUUAGACAUAGGCCUUGCAAUGAGCUCGUCACUCACCAAAGGAGUCCUACCUUCUGCAAAAAAUGAUUACAUAACUGAAUAAGAGGCCAGGGCCCUGAAUUUAAAUUAAAAUGAUAUACCCUUAAAUGAACAGUGUGGGUUCAGCAGUAAUUCAUCAACAGCAUUGGCUUCUUUCAAAUUAAUAAAUGAAAUUUUGUUAGCCAUGACUAAUAAAUUAACUGUGGGUGGUAUAUAGUAUACAGUGGUGUAACCAUGAUAUCUGCAUAUGGCUCUACAUCCCUUGUGGACCUUGGCCAGUUUUUCAGUUUCUUAAUCUAUACACAGUCAGUAGGAUUCCUUGGACAUUGGAUCAGCCUGCCGCAAGGCCACUGCCUAUACACAGAAAGACACAAACAGAAAUAUACACACAUCAAAUUUGUUAUCAAUCAAUAUUUUGAAGACUUUUACUAUGCAAUUUAUAACCAAAAACUCUGUUCCUACCAAGGCCUCCAUUAUCUGUAUAAUCUAUCUGUAUAAUAGCUUUACUGUAUUUACAAUAAUACUUAUUGUCUUUUAUAUCAUAUAUUUUAUUGCUUUAUAAUUUUGAGAGGUUCUAUUUAUUUACUUGAGCUCAACUUGAACCUGAUCUGUACUUAUGAUUGUAUUGUACUUUUAUGUUCUUCUCCUAAUCUUGAUAUAUUUUAGUUAAUAUUUGACAUAUUCUAUAUCCUAUGGUUUGUAACCAGUUUUAUUGGAUCAUCUGGAACUCAGAAUAAAUUACAAUUACAAUUACAGACAUUCAUUCCACAAGUGGGAUUCGAACUUAAAAUCUGAGUGUUUGAGUGGGCGAAAACAUGUUUUAUCUUUAGAAUGUCAAUGACUAUUGAUGAUGAUGACAGAAAAAACUAUUAUUAGAUUAAUAUGAUUAAUAUUAUAUUAUAAGAUCAUCAUGGAUGCAAUUCUCUGGAAUCUACUAACAGCAUGUUUUAUUACUCCAUAUAGAAUAUAUAAAUAUAGGUCUUAAAAAUAUUACAGUUCUUAUAAUAUAUCUCUAUAGCAAUGUAAAAUAAUGCUGUACCAAAUGUGUCUGAUCAAAGAUUUUAAAGACAUUUUCUUUGGGCAAAUGAAUUAACAUACUAUUUUGGUGGGAAAGAAACAUAUAACCCUUAGCUGUCCCUUAGGCAAGUUCAGAUAUAUCCGGACUUUGUGUGAGGCACAGUAUUCUUUCUUGCUCAAGUUUUGAGUCUCGUCUUGUUCUGGUCAGGUAUGGAAGAAAAGCAGAACACAGCAAAUAUCAAGUUCCACUUCAAACUGGGCAGUACUAUGGAAUUAUUAAAUAUUUACUACUCCUAGAGUCACCCUGUGGCCACUGUAGAUACACCAUAAGAUAAUAAAUACUUAUUUAUACCCAGCAA